CGUUGUUCUUAAUUGGUUUCCUGGGGCCAGAUCUACUUUGAAAGUCUAUCCUCUUCACUCUUUUCACUCUUUUCACUUCAGAAGAAGAAAAUCCUCAUCGUAAUUGUAUCUGAAUCGGAAUUCUGCUUCUUGGAGUUAUAGGGUUGCAAGAAUAAUGUCCAAAAAUUUUUCCAGUGGUCUCAAAUUAUCUGCUAAAAGUAUUCAUUAUGCAGAUUAAGAGGGAUUUUCAGAACAAGAAAAGAUGUUAAAAUUGAUGUUAUCUUGCUGCAAAGUUUACAUAUCAGAAAGCAGGAACAAGGCUGCUCUUGAGGCAAUUGAGAGGGCUGCUAAGUUUCCAGAAGCUCCAAUUAUUAAUAAGUUUGAGGAUGAAAUUUACAAUAGAGUUGGUUACACUCUUGUUUCAAAGUUGGGUUCAAAACCAUCUUCUGAUCCUCUGAAAGGGGCUGUCUUUGCCAUGGUUGAAGCUGCUUUUCAAAGCAUUGAUCUUGGUGCUCAUUCUGGAAGUCAUCCUAGGCUUGGUGUUGUGGACCAUAUUUGUUUUCAUCCAUUGGAGAGUACUAGUUUGGAACAAGUGGCUGGGACUGCAAAUGCUUUGGCAGCUGAUGUUGGUUCAAAUCUUAAAGUUCCUACCUUUUUGUAUGGAGCAGCACAUAGGGAAGGAAGAUCUCUUGCUUCAAUCAGGAGGGAACUGGGAUAUUUCAAGCCUGAUUCUAGUGGAAACCAAUGGACAGGCGGGCCCAAAUCAGAGAUUUUACAGCUAAAGCCAGAUCAGGGUCCUGAUUUUGCAGUUGAAGCAAAAGGUAUCAUUGUAAUAGGAGCAACACGGUGGGUUGACAAUUACAACGUCCCAGUCUUUUCUAAUGACAUAGCUGCUGUUCGUAGAAUAGCCAAGAGGUUAAGUGGAAGAGGAGGCGGACUUCCUUCAGUGCAAUCUAUGGCACUAACCCAUGGUGAUGGUGUCAUUGAGGUAGCUUGCAACUUACUAGAACCAAGUAAAGUUGGUGGCGAUCAAGUUCAGCUUGAAGUUGAGAAGCUUGCUGCAGAAGAGAAAUUGAAUGUUGGCAAAGGGUAUUAUACAGACCAUUCACAGGAAAUAAUUGAAAGCUACAUGAAAGUGUGCAAAAGUUUAGACUAGACUACGCCUGCGAAGUUACAACUCCUAGGAAAUACAUCCAAGCUAUGCAUGGGGUCUCCAAAUAGGUCAAAUUUUCCUAACCUUGCAAACCUAUUACUCGAGGCUUCUAUUCUAUUGGCUGAUUCAGUCCAUUUGUAUCAUGUUCUGUAAAGUAUUAUAUUGCUACUUUCAGUUAUAUGCUGAUUCAUGAUUUCUAAAUACCUGUUAAGAAGUAAGAUUGAGUUCGAUACUAUGCCUUUC